AUGUAUCCCAAUUAUCAACAACCACCACAACCACCUGUCCAAGGUUUUCCCAACGUUGGAUAUGACAACGGUGGUUAUUACAAUAAUAAUAAUGGAUAUGAUGGAUAUAAUAGCGCACCUCCUUAUCAUGAUCAUCAAUUGCAACGACAAAAUAGCAAUCCUAAUCAUCAGGCCUUAACUUUAAAUGGUUACCAACAAUCGUAUGCUGAUAAAAGAAAGUCAAUUAGACAUGUAGAAUUGGUAAACGGAAAUUUGGUGUUUGAUAGUCCCGUACCAGACAAAGUUCUUCAAAGUGUAAAAUCACAAACCAAAGAAUUUACACACAUGACCUAUACGGCAGUAACAUGUGAUCCCGAUGAUUUUUCAAAAACGUGGGGAAAGGAAGGGUGGAAAAAAGUUGUCGUAGUCGUUGUAGCGGAUGGACGUAAUAAAGUAAAUCAACGUGUAUUAAAAGUUCUUGGUGCAAUGGGGGUUUAUCAGGAAGGUAUCAUGCAAGAUAGUGUCGCCGGCCAGCCUGUCACGGGUCAUUUAUUUGAAUACACUUCUAACAUAAUGGUUGAUAAUGAGUUCAAUAUAGCUGGACAAGAAAAUCCUCCG